CGCGAUUAUUUCAGAGUGUGCCUUAGGGAAGUGAAAACAUUUGAUGGAAAGCAUCAGAAUUUAAAAGUGGACUGGCUGGCAUUUACACACAGUGGCGUUCAACUCACAUUUCAAGGAAAAUUGUUGUUUGAAAAUGGCGGAGCUCCUCAGGCACAAGACAAUUUUGCCUUUUGCAAGGUACACAAUUUUACUAAAGAGCUUUAUGGACUCCCUGUAGUCAUAGUUACAGUAAAUCAUCUUUACGAUAGCAAGAAUGUGUAUUCCAUCAAGCCAGAGAACAAUGUUCUUAAUACUUGGAUUGAGGGAAUAACUAUCUCAUCGUUCCGUGUUUGUGUAAAAGACUUGGCUGGAAUGGAAAGUCAACACGACCCUGUUACCGUUGAUUAUGCCGUUGUAGGAGAUCUUGAUCCUUGCAUCAAUGUUUCUUGUAACUAUUUUGCUGUCUGCAAGGCAUUUGGACCCAAAGACGCCAGGUGCAUAUGCGUGGAUAAUUGUCCAUCGUACGACGAGCCUGUGUGUUCAUCCAAUGGAACAACAUACGAUAACGAGUGCAUCUUUCAGAGAGAAAUGUGCCGCUUAAAGGCUAAUUUUACCCUGUAUCAUCCGGAUGAUUGUACAGUGGUACGUAAUUUUUGCUGUUUUGUUUUGUUUUCCUUUAAUUACUUUGAAUAGGAUGUUGUCUUUAAGAAGCCCUACAACGACUCCCCAGCCAUUCUGGUAUCUGCCAACCACUCAACGAAUGGAGGAAACCUUAAUCCAAUAUAUAACUCCAUAUCAGCUUGGGCUGAGUACAUCAACAAGACUGGCUUCAGAGCAUGCGUGAAGGAGUUAUUUGUCAACCAACAUGAUCCUCUCUCAGUUUCAUAUGCAGUUAUGCCAGAUGUGUGUGAGCCAGGUUGGAGUUUCUACAAUGGCUCCUGUUACUACACCAGUGAUACUUGUAAGACAUGGUCCAAAGCCAGUAGAAUCUGCAGAGGCAUGGGUGCUAACUUACCCGCUAUCGAAAGUCAAGAAGAGAAUGUCUACAUUCAACACAGACACAAUGGCGAAAAGGCCUGGAUUGGUUUGAAUGACAUUGCCACAGAGGGAUUGUUCACCUGGGUGGAUGGGUGUCCAGAUAAAUUCCGAUACUGGGCGGAGAGUCAACCUAAUGACUUUCGGGGGGAGGACUGCGUACACAGUCUUCUUCCUAGUCAUGGAUACAUGUGGAAUGACGUGGAUUGCUCAACUUGUCACCAAUAUACAUGUAAAAAAGAUUAUGAUGAAUGCAGUAGCUCNNUCGCCUUAAAUUGAUCUACUUGUUCUCAUUCUUGUAUAAUAUUUUCUUGUUUAAAAGAGUUCGACGAAUGUUCCAGUAGUCCGUGCCUAAACGGUGGAACCUGUACUGAUGGGAUUAACAAUUACACGUGUUCCUGUCCUUCUCCAUUUUUUGGACGUCAAUGUCAAGAAACAGAUGAAUGUAAAUCCAAUCCAUGUCUCAAUGGUGGAACAUGUGUGGAUGGAGUUUACAACUUUACUUGUGUUUGUCCAAGCUUGUACGAUGGAAGGCGUUGUGAAGGUACAUCACUCCAGUCAAAUUAUCACAGUUGUAUGAGAUAUUUAAAUAGUGGAAGACACCUUUUUAACUACAUCCUGAAGUUAUAUCCACCCGCUUUUAUGCAGGCCUACUGCGAUAUGACAGGAAGCUCAGGUGGAUGGACACUCAUUGCUCGGUUUUCAAACGCAGAUGGGAAGAAUUGGAUGAGAGAUGACGCAUACUGGUGGUACGACAUCCUGUCCUCACAGGGGUCCCCCACAAGCGCGUCCACUAACUCUGACAUGAUAUCAGAAGCAUUCUGGAAGGUUAAAGGAAGUGAGAUUAAAAUCACUCGCAAUGACGAUAGUUCACACUCUGCUCUUCUUCGUACAUACACAAACUGCUUUGGUGGAAAAACAUUUAGAGGAUAUAUGUCCUCAUAUGGAAAGUUUAGUUACCGUAAUGUUUGGUCCAAUAAUCGGUGUCUUGACAGCUGCCCAGUGUAUUAUGGUGGAUCGUACCAGUUCACUGUUGGCUUUACUCAAGCACACUGCAGUAGUAAUAUUCAAGGAAGCUACCGCAUUGGAUUCUGGUGUCAGUGGAGUCAUGGUGAUGGUUCAGUUCUUAUGUUUGGAGGAGGAGGGAGUGGAUGCAGCCGAGCGGAUCAUGGUAUCGGGAUCACUGAGAACAACUACGGAGGAUUUGAAGAAUGGGAGGAUAGUGGGGAGAUUGAUUUUGGAGAUGAAGCCAACAACCACAACUCGCCUACUACUUCUUAUGCCUUAAAUUUAUGGAUUCGUUAGAAGAAAAAGAACUCAUCGCUGAUCUUAAUCCACGUGUGAUAACAUCACAUGAACAAACAAAAUCCUGUUUUCCGAAGGCCUUUUUUAACUAGUUGAGCGAAAAGGAAACCUAACCUGGCUCUUUCCCUUUCUGAUUAUUUAACAAUUAUUCCAUGAGCGGGCGUUUAUCACGAGAUGGUAAACAGCCAGAAAGACGC